GGGCGGGGCGGCUCGGUUCCCUGGAGGCCGGUGCUGCGGUUGUUGGUGCUACGGCCGCUACACCUGGGGUCGCGGGUGUUUGUGAGUGUUCCCCCUCACCCCAGCGCGGACGUCCGUGCUCCCGCCAGAGGCCGAGGCUCAGGCUGGUGCCGAGGUCCGGGCGCCCGGCGGUGCGAAGGGAGCCAGACAUCGCUGCCCGCCCGCAGGUGUCCUUCUGCCGCAGGUGUCCCCCCUCGCAGGUGUCCCCGCGCCCGGCCAUGGUGGACGUGCUGGGCGGGCGGCGCCUGGUGACCUGCGACGGCGCGUGGGUGGAGGCCGAGGCGGCGCUGCAGAACAAGGUGGUGGCGCUAUACUUCGCCGCGGGCCGGUGCGCGCCCAGCCGCGACUUCACGCCGCUGCUCUGCGACUUCUACGAGGAGCUCGUGGACGAGGCGCGGCCGCCCGCGCCCUUCGAGGUGGUCUUCGUGUCCGCCGACGGCAGCGCGCAGGAAAUGCUGGAAUUCAUGCAGGAACUGCACGGUGCCUGGCUGGCGCUGCCCUUCCACGACCCCUACCGGCACGAGCUGAGGACCAGGUACCACAUCACGGCCAUCCCCAGGCUUGUGAUCCUGAAGCCCAGCGGGGAGGUCAUCACCGACAAAGGGCGGAAGCAGAUCCGGGAGCGGGGGCUGGCCUGCUUCCAGAACUGGGUGGAGGCAGCCGACAUCUUCCAGAAUUUCUCCGGUUGAGCAGGGGGCGGGUCUCCGGGGGGCCUGGACAGGUGUGCAGUCACUCCUGUUGCUGCAGCCUCAGCCCGGCAGAGAAGAAGAGCAUUCUCUUUCUCUGUGUUGGUGGUUUCUUUCAGAGCAGAAGCACUCAUCUGUGAUGGAAAUAAAAUGUUGCUCAGGGAAUGCCCUCCCUCUAGCAUUGUUGGUAGUUAUUUUUAUUAUUCUUAGCAUAGCUUUCUCCACAUGAGCUUAAGUGUGUUCACAAUGAGCUAUUGGAAAUCUAUGCAAAACAUGUAUUUAUUAUACAAGCUCUUCAGGUAAAAUGGCAUAUUUAUUGAUACAAUCUUUCUGGAGAUGUCUUUAUUUUAUUUUCUGUUUAAUUUUUUUUAUUGAAGGAUAAUUGCUUUACAGAA